AAGUAAAUGAUUUAUUGAGCCAGAUUUCACUGGAAUUUGACUUGUCUAUUAUCAUUAGCUGGGAUCGUACCAAAUGUACUUGAAUUUGAGAGAAAUUUGUGAAUUUUUAGAAAUGAGUGCAUGAAAGCACAGAAUGGAAACAGGAGAGUUGCUGUUUAGAAGAUUCAGUUAGAAAUGAAGAAGUGGUAAUUAGAGGAAAGAAAAAAGAAAUUUAGAGGAUGGGGGGUUGGGAAACAAGUGGAAAAGGUUGAGAUUGAAUAAAUUGAAGUAGAGAGAGAGAGUGAAAUUGCUUGAAUUGGAAAGAGAGGAGAAAGGAAAAGAAAGUGAAAUGGAAUUAAAACAGGUUGAACUGCAAAACGUUAGAUGACACAGACAACAUGGCUUGGCUAGAAAAAUCUUUCGAGUAAACUAAAAGAGACAGUUCGUACGAUGUUUUUGAUUCCACUGAGGAAUUUAACUAGAAAUCACUUUGGAGUCUAAUGAUAGUUGGUUUAUCUGACUGUAUUUUGAGAGAUGCUUCUUUUUACUUCAGAACAAUUUCAAGAGCUGCAAAAAGGAUAUAGCCAUUUGAGUCAAAAGUUACAGGAACUGCAAAAAAAAUUAACCUAUGAUGUUACUCAGUGCAGUAACCAAAUAAAUGAUCAGAAAGAGCUGUACGAAGAGCAAAUUAAGGAAUUAAACAAGAGGCUUGCGGAGGCCACAAAGUUUCAACCUGAAAACAGAAAUGCUGAGCCAACUAAUCAAAGCAAGUUAUUGACUGAGCAGAAGCCUACAGAAAGACAACGUAACACUGAACUAUCAAAUAAAGAGCUGCUGUUUUCAAGACAAAACAAAGACCAGACAGACCACCCAGAAGUUGAGAAAAUAAAUAAAGUCGAACAUAAGACAAAUGAAUUUGAACACGAUGCAACAUCUAGAAAGGUUGCUCAAGAAAUUACAAACACAUUACUAGAUACAGGCACGCUUGAUGAUAAAAAUCGAACAAGGCUUGACUAUGAAAAUUUACAAUCCAGAAGAAUUGCAGAAAGACACAGUGAAGAAGCUGUGAACAGAAUUCUUAAUCCAAAUGAAAAUGCUAACUUGGGACCAAUGUUGUGAAGAAAACCUUGUGAAAAUUGUUGAUUGAGUUUAUCUCUUAUUUGUUGAUAUUGCACAUCUUUUGUUGACCAUGCCCAAAAUCUCAUUUCUUUUAAAAAUGGUAGGGGCUUCAAAUCAAAAUAGAAGGAACUGGUACCAAUCAUAUACCAUGGGCAUUCCAUAAAUAGUUAGAAAGUGAAGAGUGUAGGAGAUUUUAUAGUUUUGAACAAAAUUUAGUAAUAAACUGUAUUAAGCAGUUGAGACAAAUUCAGACUCAUGGCUUGUUGAAUGCUUGAGCAGACCAGUAUUGAAAUUUGAUGCUCUAAACCUUAUUACAUUCACUAUUCAGAAGUGAUAUAAUUUAAUGAUUUCAUAAUCUAGAUAUUAGUUCCUUAUUAUUUGUUUAAAGUAGCAAGUCUGUUAUAAUAGGAAUCUAAUUCAAUGUAGAAUUUAAGAAUUUCUAUUUUAACUAUACAUAAAAGUUAAAGAAUUGUUUUUCAUCUGUGGGUGAAGUAGAUAUUCAAGGAUAAGUUCAUUAUUUAAAAAAGAUUCUGAAAUGUCUAGAAGAUGUGGUCAACCUUUACAUGUAUUUGUUGUGUAGUGUAUCUCCUACUGUUGGUGGAUGUUUGGAGAAAAAUUAUUGCUGAGAUAUUUUUUUUGGUUGGAUAGCUUUUUAAAUUGCUAAGAUGUGAAAAUUUUAAUUAUCUUAUGUCACUGAUCUCAGGAUGAGCUUACAGUAAAUGUAAUUGAAUUUCUUCAUGGAGAAAAUACCCAGUGUUGGCCUCUGAAGAGACAGGGUUGAAAAUGGAAUUAAAGCUACUUUCAUUUUUUUGUAGCAGUUUAUCUGCUGCACUGCAUUAUCAGGGCAUGAGGACAUUGAGGUUGGGGUGCAUAUUCCUUUUUCUUUCCACUGAGAGAUCAAUUUUCUAUUAUCUAAAAUUAAAAUACUUCUCGAAUAAGACUAAUCCAUCAGGCCAAAUUCUUUUAACAAAGAAAAAUAUUAGAUUCCAUUAUUUUCUGUUUAGCCAUCUCAACAAGGAAAAGCCAGUUAUGUGUCUUUGUUUUAAAAGCAGUGUAGUUAUGUUUCUGUUGAUACAUUUUUCUCAUUUAAACUUUGAAAUUAGUUUGGUAACUUUAUCCUGAUGAAAAUUUUAUUUUACCGUUUUGUAUUUUUAUCUGAAGCAUGUUUUCUACUUGUAAAAUCUUUUGUUGUGUCACAAAAGAAGGGCAAGAAGGAACCUUGUCUCAUUUACAUUUGGUGCCUUUAUAAGCAGGGGAAUGACGUGGCUUUUUUUUAUUAAAGUUCCUACAAAAUUAUAACGUGUCAUUAAAAUGAUACUGGCUGUACUGUUCUGUCAAUAAAUGUUUACUUUGUGAAGCUUGCCACUGGGCUAAUGGAAGUUAUUUGCAAAUUGGGUUGUCAUUAAUUUCAUUACCAUUAAAUAGAAUUUUUGUUCUUCUCCACUAUGCUUUGGGCAAGUUUCCAUUUUUUUAUUCACAGGUAACUUGGCCAGUAAUUUAAUUUCAAUUACGUUACGUGACAAUUGCAUAGAAUUUGCUUUUGCAGGUCCUGCCCCAUUAAACAUAAGUAGCACAGUACUUCAUCCUGCAGUCUAUUUGGAAGUUACCCAAUAAGAAUUUCUUCUAGUGUUGGUUGUGGAUUUUUUUUUUUCAAAAACUCAUUCGUAGUUGUAUUACCAAAAUUCAUGAAUAAUCUUUAUUGCCUUGUAUUUAACUAAAUUUCAGAUAUCUAUAUUUGAAAUGUUUUUGAGGAUUUGGAAUUGUAUUCAAAUUUGGUUUGGUUUGGUUCUGAUGUUAAUAAAUGACUUCCAGAUUUAAUUCUA